AUGUCUUUAAAUAAAGAUUGUGAACCAGAAGCUGUUACUAAUUUCCGAGAGUAUUUGCGUAUACCUACUGUUCAUCCUGAUGUUGACUAUAGUAUGUAAAAUUACACUCUUAAAAAUUAUUGAGUUCUUAAUAUAAACAACGAAUUAUAUUUUCUUUAGGUAAAUGUGUUGAAUUCCUUUUGCGCCAAGCACAAAGUUUAAAUCUUCCAUCUAAUAUUUAUUAUAUGGCUCCUGGAAAACCAAUAGUAGUUAUUACAUGGGUUGGACAGAAACCAGAACUGACUUCUAUACUUCUUAAUUCUCAUAUGGAUGUAGUCCCAAUUUAUCCAGUAAAUAUAUUAUGAUUAUUAUAAAAGCUUAUAGAUAAUAAAAUUGAAAGCAUGUUUUGUUUAUUUUCAUUAUGAGAAAAUGAAAAGCAGGUCAUUAUUUGUUUAAAAUAUUAAAAGUAACAAUAAAUCAUAUUAUUCACAAAUUAAUUGAUAUAAUAAUAAUAACACAUUUUCAUUGUGGUUUUUCAUGUUUUAUAAGUUUAAUUUAAAUUUAAAAAAAAAUUAAAAUCUAUUGAAAAAAGUUUCAUGUUCAAGAUAUUUUUAUAUUUACUCCAUACAUAAUAUCUUACUGUAGUCAAUGUUCUUUUAAUAUAUUAUUAUGUUUUUACAUUUUAGGAAUAUUGGACUUUUGAUCCAUUUUCUGCUCAUAAAGAUGAAAAAGGCAACAUUUAUGCCAGAGGUGCACAAGACAUGAAAUGUGUUGGAAUUCAAUAUUUAGAAACUAUACGGAGAUAUUUAAAAAAUAAACUAGUUUUUGAUCGGACAAUACAUAUAUCAUUUGUUCCAGGUUUGUAUUUUUAUUUAUAAUAAAAAUCAUGUUUUAAUUUUAUAUUUAUUUAAGAUGAAGAAACUGGUGGAGAUUUAGGAAUGAAGAUAUUUGUUAAUUCACCUGAAUUUGCGGCAUUAAAUGUCGGUUUUGCAUUAGAUGAAGGAUUGGCUAGUGCUGAUGACAGUUUCAGUCUCUAUUAUGGAGAACGGACACUUUGGCGUUAGUCAUAAAUUAUUAAAAUAUUCUUAUUUGUAGUUAUUAUAUUUCUAUUACUGUUAUUAAUAGAUCUUGUAGUCAAAUGUACUGGUUCACCUGGACAUGGAUCAUUAUUACAUGAAAGUACAGCUGGAGAAAAAUUGCAAUACAUCAUUAAUAAGUUUAUGAAUUGGAGGGAAGGUGAAAAAUUUAGGUUGAAAAAUUCUAAUUUAAAAAUAGGUGAUGUUACAUCUAUAAACUUGACAAUGUUAAACGGAGGAUGCCAAAUAAAUGUAGUGCCACCUGAAUUAUCAGUUAGUUUUGACAUACGAUUGAGUAUCGAAUUAAAUACAGAAGCAAUUGAGAAGCUUAUAAAAAAAUGGUGUGAGGAAGCUGGUGAAGGAGUAACUUUUGAAUUUAAAGAAAAAAUGGCAUUUAUUGAACCUACCAAAAUCAAUGAAGAAAACCCUUGGUGGAUUACAUUUAAAGAAGAAUGUGAUAAAAUGUAAGUAUAUGAUAUAAUUAUAAUAGCUUGUUCUUUUACCUUAGAAGAUAAUAUUAAACCAUGAUUUAUAUCCGAAAAACAAUUUAUAUUGAAUUAUAAAGAAUAUUAACUGUCUCUUUUAUCAUAUUAUGCACUAAUAUUAUAGUUUUAAGAGAAAUCAUCUUUAAUAUGCCAACAAAAAAUAAUUGCUGUUUAGGAUCCUAUUAACUAAUUUGUUUAAUAUUUUUGUUUUAGGAAAUUGAAAAUAAAUAAGUAUAUAUUUCCUGGUGCAACGGAUAGUAGAUAUAUCAGACAGGUAUUUAUACAGUAUAUUCUUGUAUCAUUUAUUGCCUAGAUUAUAUUUUAUUUUUUUUUGGUACUUAUUAAUAAUAAUGAAUAAUUACUAGUUAGUAUCAAACUAUGCCUGGCUAUGAUACUAAGAAAUAGCAUAUUUAUAUAUAAUUAAUUAUCUUAAUUAUAGAUAAUAAUAUUUUUUUUUUAAUUGUAGAUUGGUAUUCCAGCUUUGGGCUUUUCACCAAUAAAUAAUACACCUAUUCUUUUGCAUGAUCAUAAUGAGUUUUUAAACGAGAAAACAUUCCUUGAUGGCAUAGAUAUUUAUUAUAAUAUUAUCAAGAGCCUUGCAUCUGUUUAA